AUGUUGGGUGUCAGCAAUGUUCAUCCUGCUUCCCCAGCCACAUUGCCGACCAACCAUUUAGAAGCCAGCUCUUCCCACUACCUCAACCCUGCCCAGCCCCUCUCUCCUCUGAGGGGCACCAAAGAACUAGGCAGCAUCCUCGAGCCUGGGUACUUGGGCAGCAGAGGCCAGUGGGACAUGAUGAGGCCUCAGAAAGGGAGCAUAUCUGGGGAACCGUCUUCAGGCUCCCCCAUGUACCAGCUUAACUCCAAACCCACAGGGGCUGAGCUGCUAGAGGAGCACCUUGGUGAGAUCCGGAGCCUGCGCCAGCGCCUGGAGGAGUCCAUCUGCAUUAACGACCGCCUGCGCGAGCAGCUGGAACACAGGCUCAGCUCCACCGCCCGCAGAAGCGGACCCACCUCUAACUUCUACAGUCUGGGUCUGGAGUCCACACCUCAGCUCUACGAUGAGAACAGAGUCCUUAGGGAAGAAAACCAGAGGCUUCAGGCUCAGCUCAGUCAUGCUUCCAGAGCUGCAACACCAAAGAAACAGUCCAUAGACAGUGACAGGAACAACAACGUUCAAAGGAUACAGAAUCUUACAAGUCCUAAACAAAGGGUUCUGGAGCGACACUCCACAGUAUUCGGCAAACAGCAGGCAGAACAAGGCAGCAAUCUUCACCACUCAAGGGGAGAGUCCAUGAAAAGGGAGCUUCUGGAACUGAGAACCAAACUAUCCAAACAGGAGAGUCUCCUUCAGAGCACAGCUGAGCAUCUGAAGACCGCCAACCAGCAGAAGGAGAGCAUGGAACAAUUUAUCCUCAGCCAGUGUGGGUGCCCCCAGCCAGGGAAUGGGACAGGAAAUGGGGGUCCUUCCAGGUUCUCCACCUGUGCUGUGAAUGGACAGAGACCAGAGAGUGACCAGGACACACGAUGUUUUGAAGAAGGCAAGGACAAAUUUGGAGGUGAAAUCCCUAAGGGCUCUGCCAUGCACCCCAGUCCUGUGACCCUUGCCUUCCAGGAGCCAUGCAAGAAGCGAAGCCACCAGAGGUCCUUAAAACUGCAGGGAGGGGGCUUGGGAACCAGCAACAGCACAUUUCUCGCCUCAUCCUCCGAGGGUCAACUCGGGGGAAACGGGACCUGCUUCCUAGCGAUGGAGCAUGUGGUCCCCACGCUGGAGCUCCACGGCAGAUCGAAAAGCUCAGGACUGAGCAGCGGUGCCCCGCAGGACAGUGUCGGCAGGGGCCCAACGACCUGA